CUCUGAGAUCUGCACCGACAGACAACAUAUAUUUAGCAUAUUUCAAGGUUAGAGCAUUGCAAAUAUAUAAGUAGAAACAUUAUGGCUCAGAAACUGGAAACUGGGUUGGAACUGAAGUCAAGUGCUGAGCAAUUCUUGAGUCUAUGGAAGGGUCGAGCUCACCAGGUGCCUGACCAUACCCCUUCUAAUAUUCAUGCAGUUCAUGUCCAUGAAGGUGAUUGGGAGACUUCUGGCUGCGUUUUGGUGUGGAAGUACACUAUAGGUGGGAAAAAAGAGGAAUUCAAAGAAAAGCUUAUAGUAGAUGAUGAGAACAAAAAAGUGACUCUAAUUGGUCUGGAAGGUGAUGUAUUCAACAUCUACAAGGUCUAUAAUUGCAUCUGGGAACUGACCCCUAAGCCACAAGGCAGCUCCACCAAAGUCACUCUUGAAUAUGAGAAGCUCAAUGAGAGUGUUCCUGCUCCUGAUAUUUACAUGGAUUUUGUGAUCAAAAUCACUAAAGAUAUGGAUCAAGGGAUCAACAAGGCAUCUAAAUAAAAUUAAAAGGAUGUUAUAAGAUAUUAUCCUAUACCUAAAUAAAAUUGUGUGAGAGACAGCAAAUAUGUUUGUAAUUAAUAUGUGAAAGUAUGAUGUCCCAAAAUGAGUAAUGUAUGUUUAUGUGUUUGAAUAAAAGGGAAUUAAGUUCUUGUUGAUGUUGUACAUUCCCCUUGUUUGGAAAAUUAUCGUAUGUUGUUUUUGAAUAUAUUUUAAAUAUUUUGAGAUA